AAUACAAUAAUUCUUAAUACCUAUUUCCUUAUUGUAUUUUAAUUGAUAUUCUAAUCUGUUUGUUUUAUCAACAAUGUGUUGCAUAAUCAAAGAUUAACAUAAAUUAUAAGCAUUCUCUAUGCUCAUUUGCUUAAAAGUGGAAGUGCUACUUUUAAUUCGUUUUGUUCUAUUUUCAAAAUAAAACAAUAACUAAUAACCUGUGUGGUGAACUAAGAAAAUAUUAAUAAGUUUAGUAAGAAGCAUUUGAGAGCAGAAUUAAUUCUACAAAUAAAUAUGGAAAACCCCAUAGUAACUGUAAAGCAAGGGAAAUUGAAGGGUGCGGUGAAGAAAUGUUUGGAUGGAUCCCCUUACUACAGUUUCAAAGGCAUUCGCUACGGCCAACCACCCAUUGGGGAGCUGCGGUUUAAGGCACCAUUACCAGUGAAGCCAUGGUCGGGUAUACGCGACGCGAUCGAGCACGGCCCAGUCUGCCCUCAAUUCGACAUGAGCAUUUUAGAUGUCGUGGAAGGCAGCGAAGACUGCCUCAGUUUGAACGUAUACACGAAGUCUCUACAACCCAGCUCCAAACUACCCGUGAUGGUCUACAUUCACGGAGGCGCAUUCUUGUCAGGAUCUGGUAAUUCUGACACUUACGGCCCAGAAUUUUUCUUCCAGCACGAUGUGAUCCUUGUUACUAUAAACUACCGGCUAGAAGUAUUAGGUUUCCUAAGUCUGGACACCCCUGAAGUUCCUGGUAACGCUGGUAUGAAGGACCAAGUUCUAGCUUUACGAUGGAUAAAAGAAAAUAUAAGCACAUUCGGAGGAGACCCUGACAAUAUCACUUUAUUUGGAGAGAGUGCCGGUGCUUCCUGUGCCACAUUGCACAUGCUCUCCCCAAUGUCACAAGGAUUGUUUGAUAAAGUCAUAACACAGAGUGGGUCCUGUUUGUCGUACUGGUCGAUGUUCCACGAGCCCGUAGCACGAGCAUUUAGAGGUGCGAAAGCAUUAGGUAAAGAAGCAAAGGAUUUAAAUGAAUUACUAAAUUAUCUGAGAGAAGUCCCUGCUGUGGAACUAGCGAGGCUCUCACUCAAAACGAGGACAGCGGACGAGAAAUUCAGAGGCUUACCUAUUUACUUUACUCCAACUAUAGAGAAAAAGUUUGAGGGUCAGGAACAAUUCUUAACCGAAGACCCAUUAGACUUGCUAUUGGCAGGGAAAGUAAGCAAAGUGCCCAUGAUUACUGGUUACAACUCCGCAGAAGGCUUGAUGAUGCUCAACGACCAUUUAAAGAAGAUGAAGACCCUGAAUGAACAGCCGUCAUACUUUGUGCCCAGAGACAUAGCCACGAAGGUGUCUAAGGAAACAUUAGAUGAAUUAGGACAGAGAAUAAAGAAUUUUUAUUUUGGUAACAAAGAUAUGACCACAGAAGACUGUCAAGCCAUAGUAGAUUUGCAUACAGAUAUAAACUUCACGUACCAAAUUCACAGAUUUAUGCAUUUCUAUCAAAAGUUUGCCCCAGUGUACUUGUAUAAGUUUGAAUAUUGCACAGAGUUGAAUUUCUUGAAAAGUGUCUUCGGAGUGGACAGCGUGAAGGGCAGUUGUCACGCCGAUGAUCUCUUUUAUUUAUUCCACAGCGAAAUCAGUAGAAAUGUUUAUGAUAAAAAUGAAAAGCUGCGAAAGAUUAUAUAUCAAAUGACUAAGUUUUGGGCAGAUUUCGCAAAGACUGGUAACCCAACACCUACAAAAGAGGUCGUGGAAUGGCUGCCGUACUCUCCAGCAAAUAAAGAAUAUUUAAUAUUGGACGAAGAAAUAAAACUAUCAAAUAAUUUAGACAAAGAAAGAGUUGACUUUUGGAACAAAAUGUACGCCGAUGUCGGCAUGCCUGCAAUUACUAAGUCCAAUUUAUAAUAAUAAGCGAUUAUUCUAGGGUUGUAAGGUAUUUUUAUAAAUAAUAAAAAAUAACUUGUGACUAUUUUACCAAAAACGGUAAUUUCAUAGGUUUGAAAGACUUUCUAGUCUUCUUCUAAAGUGAAGUAAGAGAAUUUCGGUAUCAUAGUUAACGACAUUUGUCUUCAUUAUAUGCAUGGUAAAUGGUGAUAUUGGCAAGAUAAAUUGUUAAACUAGUCUUAGUUGCCAAAAGCGAUAGUGGCGCCACAGUAAAAUACUCCUAUUUUGUAAAAUGUGUUUAUUCUCAAAGGGUAAUAAGAAAAUGCACUAAAUCUAUACUUCGGUAGAAUUUAUACAGUGCCAGUGAUAGAAAAUUGAUAAUUAAAAGUUAAUUAUUGGUUAGUCUCUACUUUCUGUAAAUGCAGAUUAGGGUUGCUACCUACCUAGGAGUCAUAGAAUUUUGACACAAAGUCCAUAAUUAUGAAAUGAAUGAAAAUUAGGAACUAAUACCUAAAAUUACAACUAGAUAAUGUUGAAAAACCACCCACUUUUUGCUAUAUACUGUAUGCUUUUAUUUUAGUACUCAACUAUUUUUAGAAGGGUUAUGCAUUUUACAGUUAUUUAAUGAUUGAUAUUAUACAGUUAUUGUACUUAUUGUAUAGUUAACUGAAUUGUUAUUAUGCCAUUUGUGCCUUGUUAAGACUAUAAAUAUGUAAUACAUAAUUAUUACAUUUUUUAAUUAAUAAUUUUUACAUAAAAAUAUUACAUCAUGUUUUUUAUAUUCUAAAGGGAUAGAGGUGUGUGGACUGCCUAGCGGGUUACCGGGACUCCGGCUCGAAAAGCAGGAGUAAGACUGGGGUGGUUUUUAGUCAGUAAGAGUCUGACACUCCCUCUCGCCUCGCCCAAGGCGGGAGAAGUUAUUAGUAUGAUUUUCCCGGCCUUAAAAAAGAGGUGUAACAUACUUGACCUAUUAAAUGUAUCGUCCAUUUUUGGCAGGUUAUUUUAAUAUAUUUAUAUGGUGUAUGUACAUACGUACAUAGGUAACUAUAAAUGUUAUUAAUGUAAUGACUAACCGCCGUACUAAGAGUCAUUGAAUGAUUACUUAACCCAGACCUUA